AUGCGCCCCACCGGAGUACGCUGUCUUGCUUCACCCCUCAGCUUAAUGAGAGUUACCGGAACCCCCAACACCGGCCCCCGUGUGUUGUCGCCUGAUGGUACGAAAUUUUCAUGGGAUCCCUACAGCGGUGCAUCCGUUGAUGGAAGUGAAGUUUUCACCCAGUCACCUCAUCUCGCCGCGCAGUUCCCCGGUCACGCGUCUCCUAUUCAACUCCCUCCGCCCAAUGUGGCGUCGGAUGGUGUCUCUUUUGCAUCGACACUUAAUUGGCAAUCUCAAGGGGAUGGCGGAGCAGCAUAUGAUUCCUCAGUUGUUGGGUACUGGGAAGAAACCGGUCCCAACCGUGGCGCACUGCGACUUGGUUCCGAUGAACAACAACAACAGCAACAGCAACAACAUCAGUUAUAUCGGACAGGCCCACUCGCGCAAACGUUCUUCCAGACGACCGGCAGCGGUGCACCUCCCUUCGACAACGCCGUUGUUACGCAUGGUGAUGCUAACUUUAAUUCAGGUUUUGGUGUGGUGGCAUCGCCGCAUCGCCCAUCAUCGCGAGCGGGACGUUACGGCACUUCACGUGGUGUUUCUUUAUCCGCCUCUCGAGGAAGAUCUUUUGAAUCCACUCCAUUAUGGGGCCACGGGCAAUCCGGAGCCGCAGAGAGAAAGCUUCCAUUUAGACGUAUGAUCCCUCCGCCCGUCCCUUAUGAACUUGCAUUGCGUCAACUCUCCCGUUCGGGUCUUGCCGAUCCCGAAAGGGUUCUCGAAGGAAUUCUUCGUCACUGGCACAGGUCUACACAAGUUGCAGUCGGUGUACUUCGUAGCGAAGCUGCUUCUUCAGUUGAGGAAAGUUGCCCGUCCCCUCCUUCAGGAAAUGACCGCGAAGCAAUAGUCGAAUGGGUGACACGUUGCGAGGGAUGGUGGCAACAGAAUUUUGGAACCCAACCCCGCAGCGGUGCUGACCGGCAAAAUGCGGCUCAUACGUUUAAUGGAAAUCGGGGACACAGAUCCAAUGAUGGAAGGCGUCCUCAUACAUCAGGGGCUGCAAGUAGGAAUAAUCAUGCAUUCGCCGGCAUGAACGGAAGAAGGGGGUGA